AUGUUAAGAGCUAGAACUGUUAUACGUAGCCAUGUGUCUACACGUGCAUUAGCUACACAAGCUUUCAAUUAUCAAGUUCCCCCAGAAUAUCAAUCAAGAACCCCACCAUAUUCAAAAUUGGUUGGUAAAUUAUCCACUGUCAAAAAAAUUUUAAAUAAUCAACCAUUAACAUUAGCUGAAAAGAUUCUAUAUUCACAUUUAUGUAAUCCUGAAGAAAGUCUUACAUCUUCCAAUACUGCUGAUAUCAGAGGUCAACAAUAUUUGAAAUUAAAUCCAGAUAGAGUUGCAAUGCAAGAUGCCUCUGCACAAAUGGCUUUAUUACAAUUCAUGACAUGUGGUAUGCCAUCUACAGCUGUUCCAGCUUCUAUUCACUGUGACCACUUGAUUGUUGGUAAAGAUGGUGCUUCAGAAGAUUUGGUUAAAUCGAUAGCUACAAAUAAAGAAGUCUUUGACUUUUUACAAAGUUGUGGUGAAAAAUAUGGUAUACAAUUCUGGGGUCCAGGUUCUGGUAUUAUCCAUCAAAUUGUUUUAGAAAAUUUUGCUGCCCCAGGUUUAAUGAUGUUGGGUACUGAUUCACAUACUCCAAAUGCUGGUGGUCUUGGUGCCAUUGCUAUUGGUGUUGGUGGUGCUGAUGCUGUUGAUGCAUUAACUGGUACUCCAUGGGAAUUAAAAGCUCCAAAGAUCUUGGGUGUUAAAUUGACUGGUCAAUUAUCUGGUUGGAGUUCUCCAAAAGAUGUCAUUACUACAUUGGCUGGUAUCUUGACCGUCAGAGGUGGUACUGGUUACAUUGUCGAAUAUUUCGGUGAAGGUGUCAAAACUUUAUCAUGUACCGGUAUGGCUACUAUCUGUAAUAUGGGUGCUGAAAUUGGUGCUACCACAUCUACUUUCCCAUACCAAGAAGCUCAUAAAAGAUACUUGGUUGAAACCAACAGAGCCCCAAUUGCUGAAGCUGCUGAUGCUGUCAACUCUGAAUUUAAAUUCUUGCAAGCUGAUGAAGGUGCUGAAUAUGAUAAAGUUGUUGAAAUCAACCUUUCUGAAUUGGAACCACAUGUUAAUGGUCCUUUCACUCCAGAUUUAUCUACCCCAAUUUCACAAUUUGGUUCCACUGCUCAAAAAGAAGGCUGGCCUGAAAAAAUUUCUGCUGGUUUAAUUGGUUCUUGUACCAACUCUUCUUAUCAAGAUAUGUCUCGUGCUGUUUCCAUUAUUAGACAAGCUGAAGCAGUUGGAUUGAAACCAAAAAUUCCAUUCUUUGUCACUCCAGGUUCCGAACAAAUUAGAGCUACCAUAGAAAGAGACGGAUUAACCAGUACAUUUGAAAACAAUGGUGCUAUUGUCUUGGCUAAUGCUUGUGGUCCAUGUAUUGGUCAAUGGGAUAGAACUGAUGUUCCAAAAACUUCUACUGAAACAAAUGCCAUUUUCACUUCCUUUAAUAGAAAUUUCCGUGCCAGAAAUGAUGGUAACAGAAAUACCAUGAACUUUUUAACUUCUCCAGAUGUUGUUACUGCUAUGAUUUAUUCUGGUGAUGCCAACUUCAACCCUGUUACUGAUUCAAUUAAAUUACCAAAUGGUGAAGAUUUCAAAUUCCAACCACCUCAAGGUGAAGAUUUACCACAAAGUGGGUUUAUUCCAGGUCGUUCUGAAUUUUACCCAGAAGCUAGUCCACAACCAAAACCAGAAGUUCAAAUAAAUGUUUCUCCAAGUUCAGAUAGAUUACAACUUUUAGAUCCUUUUGAACCUUGGUCAGGUGAAGAAUUAUCCACUAAUGUUUUAUUAAAAGUUGAAGGUAAAUGUACCACUGAUCAUAUUUCUGCAGCUGGUGCCUGGUUGAAAUACAAAGGUCAUUUGGAAAAUAUUUCUUACAACACAUUAAUUGGUGCCGUGAAUAAAGAAACUGGUGAAGUCAAUAAAGCAUAUGAUUUUGAUGGUAAAGCAUAUGGUAUUCCAGAAUUGAUGAUUAAAUGGAAAAACGAACAAAGACCAUGGGUUGUUGUUGCUGAACAUAAUUAUGGUGAAGGUUCUGCUAGAGAACAUGCUGCUUUAUCUCCAAGAUUUUUAGGUGGUUCAAUUAUUUUAGUCAAAUCAUUUGCUAGAAUUCAUGAAACUAAUUUAAAGAAACAAGGUAUGUUACCAUUGACUUUUGCUGAUGAAAGUGAUUAUGAUAAAAUUUCUGCUGGUGAUUUGUUAACUACUAUUGAUUUGAAAGAUAUGAUUGCUAAAGAUGGUAAUAAUGGUGGUACUUUACGUGUUAAAGUUACUAAAAAAGAUGGUUCUGAAUUUGAAAUUUUGGCCAAACAUACCAUGUCUAAAGAUCAAGUUGAAUUCUUCAAAGCUGGUUCUGCAAUCAACUACAUCGGUAACUCUAAAAAAAAUUUGUAG